AUGACACUCACCUCCCGCAGCCGUUCACUGUUGAAUAGCUGUUCUGCGCCCAAUAUAUUGAUUGAAUUUACCAACCCUCGGGUGAGCUAUACCACAGGGGAACUAAUCGAAGGAACAGUGACAAUAACUGUGAACGCUGAAACCAGGUAUAGCGAUGUCAAUAUCAGCUUAGAAGGCUCAUCGCGAGUGAACUUGUUACAACCCAUAGCCACACAGCGAGAAACAGGUGUCUCUCAUACAUUUAUAACGCUCUGCCAACCUGUUGCCGCAGCAAACUGCCCGGCUUCUCGUGUUUUCAGGCCAGGAAAAGCUUAUCGAUUUCCGUACACAUUCAUCAUUCCCGACCGGUUACCUCUGAAAUCGUGCAGCCAUAGAUCAACUCACACGGGUAUCAAACAGGCACACACAAAGGCUCCUCCCACGCUGCAUUUGAAGACCUUGUCGCAAAGCCUGUGUGAGAUCUCCUAUCUCAUUCGUGUUACCGUGCGUUGUCAGAAUUCAAACAACAAUGAAAAGCCGUGCACACUGGCUAGUUGUACGAAACGCUUGCAUCUCGUGCCUGCCCAUGGCGAAGGUGAUUCUUUCGAUAGGCCUAUGAAGCCGGACAUGUAUACGUCCAGUGUUGUGCAGGAACUUAAAGGUCAAUGGAAAAGACAGACAAUCGGUCGACUUGAAGCCGUGGCAGCUAUACAGCAGCCAAUCCAGGUUCCUUCGGGACGUUCUCCAAUCGACACAGUGAUUGCCCAUGUCGGGGUGCAGCUUCGGUUCGAGCCUGUCAGGGACACACUGCCGCCCAGACUUACGAAAAUACACCCUACCCUCAAACAGUCGACUCUGUUUAGUACACAACCACAGGAAGAUUUUCCAAGCCUCGAUAAGAUACUCUGUGACCAAAUGUCUCGAGGGGCACACAUUCAAAUCCGCUCUCUUCCAUCAAAGACUAUCUCAUCCAUCAGAUGGACGAAGCAUACGUUACCGCGUCAUUUGGGGUCUUCCGGAAUUGGUCAGUCUUCUCAGCCCAGCUCCAUAAAGGACUUUACGCCCUCUCAUACCUCCACCCCUGGAUGCUUUUACACAGCAUCGGCCAUGGUUCCAAUCACCCUACCGAGCAACAGCGACCUUGUGCCGACAUUUCACUCAUGCUUUCUCUCUCGUAUCUACACUCUUGAACUUCGUCUUUCAUACCAUAUGCCUGGAGCGCCUAUCCUGCAACGAGCGGUCGCACUAGAGGUACCUAUUAAGGUUGCCGGUGUGAGUAUACUUGAUAAGAGCAGCGAUACACUCCCGAACUACAACUUGAGUACAGAAGAUAAGCUCUCGCACAUUGUUUCUCCGCCUAUGUUAUGCUCUCUCGAAGGCAAAACAUGGGGUAGAAAGGAUCCCAAGAGUGCUCCACGCGAUUUAAGUUUUCUGCCAUCUUCUGAGUGGCAAGAGGCAUACGCACCGCCGAAAUACGACGAUGUUGUUGCACAAUCAGCGAAGUGGCCAUAA